GGCGCCACGCCGGCCACAGGCCGAGGGUUAGUCACCCGCGGGCCGGCGGCCCCGCAGCCUGGUCGCUGCGCCCCCCCGCCCUGCCGCGGGACGGGUAACGGUUACGAAGCACUUUCUCCGCCGCGAUUUCUGCUUAGUCAUUGUCUUCCAGGAAACGACUCAUCAGUUGGGAGUCAACUCUCCCGCGGCGGCCGCAGUAGCAGGAGCCGCAGCCACCAGCGCGUCCUUCCCGGGCCGCCGCUCCGCCGCCGCCCUGCAGCCUCCCGGCCUCCCUCGGGCCCGAGCGCAGGCCGGCAUCCCGCCGCGCGGGGCGAGCAGCCUCGCGCUCUGCUCUCCGGCCUCGGGCGCCGCGUCCUACUGGGGGCCUCCUUCCCCGCCUGCUGCCCCGUCGCCGCCGGGCCAGGUCAGUCGGCUGCUGCCAUGGGCACCGACAGCCGCGCGGCCGGGGCGCUCCUGGCGCGGGCCAGCACCCUGCACCUGCAGACGGGGAACCUGCUGAACUGGGGCCGCCUGCGGAAGAAGUGCCCGUCCACGCACAGCGAGGAGCUUCGAGAUUGUAUCCGGAAGACCUUGUAUGAGUGGAGUUCCCAAAUUAGCACAGAUUUGGUCAGGGAGUUUCCAGAUGUCUUGGAAUGUACUGUAUCUCAUGCAGUAGAAAAGAUAAAUCCCGAUGAAAGAGAAGAAAUGAAAGUUUCUGCAAAACUGUUCAUUGUAGGAUCAAACUCUUCAUCAUCAACUAGAAAUGCAGUUGACAUGGCCUGUUCAGUCCUUGGAGUUGCACAGCUGGAUUCUGUGAUCAUUGCUUCACCUCCUAUUGAAGAUGGAGUUAAUCUUUCCUUGGAGCAUUUGCAGCCUUACUGGGAAGAAUUACAAAACUUAGUCCACAGCAAAAAGAUUGUUGCUAUAGGUACCUCUGAUCUGGACAAAACCCAGUUGGAACAGCUAUAUCAGUGGGCACAGGUAAAACCAAAUAGUAACCAAGUUAAUCUUGCCUCCUGCUGUGUGAUGCCACCCGAUUUGACUGCAUUUGCUAAACAAUUUGACAUACAGCUGUUGACUCAUAAUGAUCCAAAAGGAAGUGGAGGAGGAGUUUUGAUAUUCUUUCUCAAAUGCUAGGCAUCAUGCUAAAUGUCUCAGAGAGAUUAUCUGUAAUCCUUACAGCAACUGAAACUAGACACUUUAUGGAUGAAGAAAUAGAGCCUUAGAGUUUAAGAAACUACCCAAGGUCACCCAGCUGGCGUAGGGCAAAGUUUGAACUUAGAUCUAGGUCCUGGCUGAAUUUAGAGCCUUUUCCCCAUCAUACUGUACUGUCUCUCUGACUUGAAACAUUAGUAUUGUAGUAUUUCAGACUGAAACUGUACUUUCUUAUCAGUUUCCAUUUAAAUCGUACCAGAAUAGGACAUAGGGACUUUUCCCCUCCAGCAGAGCUUUCACACAUGAGUAAUUAGAUUCAUUUUUUAAAAGGGUCAUUUUAGUGAAAAUCUAACAAAGAAUUGCUGUGCUGAUUUGUUCUAAAAUAUAAACCAUUGAAAUUUUAACUUUCUGUACGUUAGCAAAUAAUAUAUCAUUUUUCUGUUUACUUGUGGGGACUCUUCCAACUGUAAUUAUUACCAACAGCUGAUGGGUGGUACUGUACCCCCUUCCACCUCCACCUGAAAAACACUCUAUCCUUUUUCCAGUAGGAAAGGAAAUAGGAAAAGACUAAGGUGUCUAGUAUUUUAUUUCUACAUUAUCUAAAUGUGGGCAUGUGGAUUAUGUGCUAAUACAUCAUUGUUAUGGAAAAAUAUAUUGUACAUGUGUAUGAAAAGAGAGAUUUAAUCCUUUGGGGGGAAGUAUGUUUUUGUUUUACUGGUGUAAUUUGACAUUUGGAUGUCUUUUUAAUUUUAAUUCUAAACCCUUUAAUUAGAAUUUAUAGUCUGAUCCUACAUAUACUAUAGACGGAUCUUCAGACAAUUUGAUCUGUAAUGAAGCAAUUCUCUUAAAAGUUUUGUCAUGUUUACUGAUUCUAAAGAGUUAACAUAGUUGAAUUAAAAGCAUGUAGCUAAUGAAUAGCAUAGUUCUCUGACUUUGUGUCAGAUUUAUUUUUUAAGUGAUCAAGUUGUAAAACAUUUAACUCUGCUUGUCAUCUAAAAUAGAAUCUUGUUUAUAAGUCACCUAAAGGGCUUCCUCUGUUCUAAAAUUACCCUUUUUCUUCUGAAAGGUUUAUUUUCCAUUAUUCUUUGUCCUAGAAGUUGUGGUAAUAGUUUAACUACAGUCAGGGUAAAAUUGUGAAGUAGGUGAUUCAGACUUUGGAACUUUCCCGUUUUUAUUUGCCUUCCUCCUCUCACCAUUCCCAUUAAAUCUAAUCUAUAUUAUGCUGCAUUCCCUCAGGGUUAGACAAUCUGGUAAACAAAUCCAUGUUAAUGUUACUUUUCCAAGAGCUAUUUACAUUUCAUUUAUUAAAACUACCAUUUACUAGCUGUGUGACCUUGGGCAAGUUGUCUAAUCUCUCUGUGUCAAUUUCCCCCUGUGAAGGGAAAUAAUACUACCUAUCUCUUGGGUUAACAUGUGGAUUAAAAAAGUUAAUAAAGUACUCUGAAAAGUGGCUGGCACAUGACAAUAGCUAAUAUGUACUGAGAGUUUACUAUUGAUGUUAUUCAAAUAUCAUGGCAGUUCAUUUUAGGGCAGGUUCUUUGGCAUUCCCAAAUCAUAUUGUAUAGAUGGUCACCUAAUCCUUAUCCAUAGGGUUGGUUCUGACCCCAGUGGAAUCUUUCCAUAUUGACUGAUUCAUUCAAAAGACAUUUGAGCACCUACAAUGUGCCAGUCAUUGUUCUAAGUACUAGAAAUACAGCACCAAGUCAAAAAGCUCAACCCUCAUGGAAAUUAUAUUCUGAUGGGACGAGACACAAAUUAAGAUAAAUGUUGUAUGUGAUAAAUGGUGGUGUAUGCUAUGGAGAAAAGUUGGCUGAGGGAGGAAAGAGUGCCCAGGUUAGGGGUUGUUGUUUUAUAUAGGAUGGCUGGGGAGGCCUCUCUGCUAGGUUACAUUAAUCAGAGACCUGCAGGAAGGGAGAGAGCCAUGUGGGUAUCUGGAAGAAGAGUGCUCAGGGAAGAGGGAGCAGCUGAUUCAAAGGCCCCAGGGUGGGAAUAUGUUUGAGGAUUUCAGGAUACAGCUGUGAGGCCAGUGUGGCUGGAGAAGAGGAAGUGCGGAGGGGAGUGGCAGGUCACAGCCAUGGUAGAGGGCUUAGGUAUACAUGUGGAAUUAGAAAAUAAUAAUUUCAUCAAGGAGUUGCUGAUUAAAAGAUAACCACUGGGAAAGAUGUUUUAAAUGAUUGCUGGUGCUAGUGAGGAUAUGGUAAGAUUGGCACUCCAAUAUUAUCUAUUAAGUGUAAAGUACAGUCUUUCUGGAAAGCAGCUGGCAAUAUACUAUGUAUCAAGCCUUCAGAAAAUGUACUUUGACCUUGUCGUUCCAUAACCAGGCAUGCAUUUUAAGGAUGUUCAUUAAGUAUUAUUUUUAUUAGCAAAAUAUUAGGAAAAACCUAAUUUUUUGACCAACAAUAAGAAAAUGUAUAAAUUAUAUCUGUAAAAUGUAAUAUUGGGAGAAUCAUUAAAAAUGCUUUCACAGAAUAUUUAAUUACCUGGGAAAAUAUUCAUAAUAUAAGAAAAAAAUAAGCAAAUUAAGCUAUAACUACAGUAUGAUUUCUAGUUUUUAAGAUAUGGAUAGAUACAUACAUAUAUACAUAAAUAUAUACAGAAAAAUAGUUGGAUGGAAAUACAUGGCAAUGGAAAUGGUCCAUCUUUGGUUGAUAGGAUUAUGGGUAACUUUUUUUCCUUCCUUGUACUUUCCUGUAUUGUCCCUGGCUGUACAUUAGAAUCACCUAGAGAUCUUCAAAAAAUAUAAAUAUCCAGGCUCCACUUACCAGAAAUUAUGAAUUAAACUGGCUGGGUUACAAGUGUAGAUACUUUCUAAAGAACUGUCUGGGUCUUUCUGAUAUUCUGGUUCAGAUUCAUAGCACACAUUAAGGAUAAGUAUAAUUUAUAUUCAGUUUUGAGGUGUUUCUUUUGUUGUAUUUAAAUGCUUACCUACAUAGUAAAGUGCUUUUGUUUUCAAGUUUAACAGUUUGGGUUUUUAUUUG